CUUUGUUUUUUAUCUAUGGCAUGUCUUGAAUCUUGAUCUUUUAUGCAUGAGUCUGAGUCGUUCUAAAAGCGCUUUUCCUAAGUUUUAUAAUAUUGGUUAGUGCCUUUAGUCGAAGAUUUUCUUUUAUUCGUAAAUCAACUGAAGUUAUCAAUAUGGUUUCACUCAAUCCCAUUAGAAUAUUAAAAAAUGAGGCUGAAGAAGAAAAAGCCGAGGUAGCUCGCAUGUCUAGUUUCAUCGGAGCGAUUGCUAUUGGUGAUUUAGUAAAAAGUACCCUUGGACCUAAAGGAAUGGACAAAAUACUGGUUUCCUAUGGUAGAAAUGCAGGACAGGUUGAAGUCACAAAUGAUGGUGCUACCAUUUUGAAAUCGGUUGGUGUGGACAAUCCAGCUGCUAAAAUCUUGGUAGAUAUGUCAAAGGUUCAGGAUGAAGAAGUUGGUGAUGGAACAACUUCUGUGACAGUAUUAGCUGCUGAGUUACUCCGAGAAGCAGAGAAAUUAGUGGAACAGAAGCUUCACCCUCAGACAAUUAUUGUUGGUUGGCGCAUUGCAGUUGAUGCUGCUAGGCAGGCACUCGCUGAUACUAGUUUUGACCAUGAUAAAAAUAUGAAUAAUGCUGCCUUUAGAGUUGACUUGGAAAACAUUGCACGGACUACUUUAAGCUCCAAAAUUCUAUCAAAUCAUAAAGAGCAUUUCACAAAAUUAGCAGUAGAUGCAGUUCUUCGACUGAAAGGCUCAGGAAAUCUGAAAGCUAUUCAGAUCAUCAAGAUCUCUGGAGGAUUGCUGGAAGAAUCUUUUCUCGAUGAAGGGUUCCUAUUAAACAAGAAGGUGGGUGUUCAUCAGCCUAAGCGUAUAGAAAAUGCAAAUAUCCUUAUUGCAAACACUCCUAUGGAUACUGAUAAAAUCAAAGUAUUUGGUUCAACAAUAAAAGUAGACUCAAUGGCCAAAAUUGCAGAAUUGGAAGUUGCAGAAAAAGAAAAAAUGAAGGACAAAGUGAACAAAAUCCUUUCUCAUAAAUGCAAUGUGUUUAUUAAUAGGCAACUUAUUUAUAACUACCCCGAGCAGCUGUUUGCUGAUGCAGGUGUGAUGGCUAUUGAACAUGCAGAUUUUGAUGGCAUUGAGCGACUGGCACUUGUGACAGGAGGAGAGAUUGUAUCCACUUUUGACUCACCCGAAAAAGUAAAACUUGGGCAUUGCAAAGUCAUUGAACAGGUACUUAUCGGCGAUGAAUGCCUGAUCCGUUUCUCUGGAGUAGAAUUGGGCUCGGCGUGCACAAUAGUCAUCCGCGGAGCGACGCAACAAGUUAUCGACGAGGCUGAACGCUCAUUACACGACGCUCUGUGCGUUCUCGCCGCUACCGUCAAGGAACCGAAAGUCGUGUUCGGAGGUGGCGCGAGCGAGAUGCUGAUGGCGGAGGCGGUGUCGCGCGCGGCGGCGCGCACGGCGGGCAAGGAGGCGGCGGCCGUGGAGGCGUUCGCCGUGGCGCUGCGCCGCCUGCCCGCCGCCGUGGCCGACAACGCGGGCUACGACAGCGCCGAGCUCAUCGCGCGGCUGCGCGCGCACCACGCGCAGGCCGACAGCACCAUGGGGCUCGAUAUGGAGAAUGGCCGCGUUGGCGAUAUGAAAAAACUCGGCAUCACCGAAUCGUAUGUUGUCAAACGUCAAGUAUUACUUUCCGCCGCGGAGGCCGCUGAAGUAAUUCUUCGCGUCGAUAAUAUCCUAAAGGCAGCGCCUCGCAGACGUGGACCUGAUCGUCGCCCUUGCUAAUUGGCUAAUAAAGAUUGUAUCUUCUUACAAUAUCCUAUUUUAAAAGUGUGUUUAAGGUCUGUUUUAAAUAGGACUUAAAGAUACAGGAAAUAGUUAUACAAAUAUUAUAUUAAAAAAAUAAUAACAUCACUAUGGUUUACAACAAGAAUCUAUUUUAUUCUGGCAACACUUAUUGUGAUGAUCUUUUUCACGCUUUUGAAGAUAUUGAAGUAUUUUGCUUUCAUGAUAAUGUUACCUCGCUAAUAUUAUGCAGCGACUUAAUAUUAAUCUAAUGCAUUUUAUUAUUUACAAAUUAUACCAUUUUCUGGUAUAAGUUGCUAUGAAAAUAAUUUUAAUUGUGCACAAUAAAUAUCGUUUAUUUAUUAUUUAGUGUUAUUCCGUACUCGGGGAACACGAAAUAAAGUUGAAAUUAACAGUAUAAUAUUUAAUUUUAGUUUGCUAGCAGGAAUGUCGGAUGAAAACUGUGCAACUUACGUUAAAGUAAUUUAGUUUUAGUUCGGCCGCGGAUGCCUUCAUAAUUAAUAUGUAUUAACAAAAAAUAAAAUCUUCAC